AGAUUCAGUCUGCAGAACUUGAUCUUGACCAACACGCGUGGAAAACAUUGGAAAUAAACCCAAUAUCUGAAAUACAACUACCAACAAGGUUUCAUCUAAUAUCCUGACACAUUUGGAUAUCUGAGACACACUCUUGGGAACAUAUUUCUUUUUCUGCCCUACUUUUUCCCCUGUUUUGGGAUUAAACCUCACUCAGUGCCUGUAGUCGCCCCCUCCUCCAGAGAGGGAGUAACUGCUCCACUUUCGGCCGGAGAUGCAGCCCCUUAUCCGGCUUGCUGUGUAUUGCAUCAGCCUGCUUUCCCUCCAACAGCUGCUGGCUCUAUCGGCGGAAGAAAGUCCCGACAGCAACAGGUUGGACAUCAUCAACAAGCUCAUGGGUCUUACAGAGGACAACACUAGACCUUCAAGAAGCCCGACUCACAACAACGUCCCUUCUUCAGCCCUGAAACAAGCCCCAAAAUGGCUGCCUGGUUUCCUGAGACUCCGACCAGCUUCUGGAGUUCGCACAUCCCCACGAAGUCUGGCAUGGGCUCGACCCAGCAAUGAUUCUCCGAGGUCUUCGAGAGUUCGUCGUCACGCUCAUUCGGGACCGCGGAGUAGUCGCCAUUACCCGCAAAACGCCCAGCUGAUGAGAGUCGGUUGCGUCCUGGGAACCUGUCAAGUGCAAAACCUCAGCCAUCGGCUCUAUCAGCUGAUUGGUCAGAGCGGCAGAGAAGACUCCUCCCCCAUCAACCCCAGGAGCCCCCAUAGUUACGGAUGAGAAAGUAAACACCCCCGAAAAACACCCACAGCAAGUCUAACACUGAAAAAACGGAACUGUUGACUUUCACAUGACUGUAUUGGGUUGGUUGAAAGCAAUAAUAUUAAGUUCAAAUAUUAGGUUCAACUUAAUAUUAUGGCUUUCAACUAACCUAAUGACAUAAUACAUUUAAUUAAAGUCAACGUUUCAGUUCUUUCAGUGUAUCCAGAUCUCCAUUUAUUUAUCUUUUAAUGUAUUAUUGGUAGAAUUUGCAUUAGUUUUCGAUGUAGUCCUUGUUUAUUUAUCUGAAUAUGAUAGUUAUACUCCUAUUUUUUGCCUCCCUAGUUUGAAUUCAAUAUCAUCACCGCCAAUGUGAGUUCUCCCACUAGUGCUGCAGAUAGCUGUAAAAAUCUUUCAAAAAGUGGAUACAAGCACCAAAAUUGGGCCAUUUAUAUAAAAAAGCCACAAAAUUGCGACAUUUUACCCAAGAUGGCCGUCAUUUCCAGCCGAUACAAUUUUUAUUUUACACCAGAAUUUUAACAACUGGACCAAUUUCUGUGAUUUCAGUAUGAAUUAUUUGUUUUGGACUAUGGGAAAGUCAAAUUUAGAAACUUCUACCGAGCUUCUUCAUGGCAUUUUAAAAUGAAAAUGGCAGCCAUCUUGGAUUUUUGACAGGCUUUUUUAAAAGAGAAACCCUCAAAGGAGUUUAUUUGCCAAUUUUAGUACUCCACUUUUGAAAGAUUUCCCUAGUAUAUUCAAUAUCCUGCAGCACUAACCAACCAGAGACUGAUUGCUUUUUGAAGGAUGUUCAAGUCUUUGUUUUCCACCAUGAGCACUCAGUCUUUAUUCUGAUAAUAUAAGUAUUAAGGCUUGUCCUCAACACCAUCCUUAGAUCUGCUCCUGCCUGAACUCUGACCCCUCCAACAGUUCAUUGAACACUUAUAAGCCCCUGGUGUGGAUUUCAAGCUGCUGGAGCCAUGUCAAAACCAAUGUAUUCCCAAAGACCCCGUAAACACCCCGAUGAACCCUUUUUUUGUGCGCCUCAACGUUGCGGCUCCCAGGUCGUUAACAACUGAACACGGACAUCCCUUAAAUAUUCCACUAUAGCUUUGUGUUUCGGGACCACAGUUUACUUUUGAAACAAACCACAGCACUUUGGUUACACCGGAGCAUUCGGAGGACUUAAAGUCUACGCUGGCAAUGAAAAUGUAAAAGAAGAGGGGCAGCAGCCUUGAGAAGGAGUCAUAGAAAACCCAAAAGGAUCCGUUUCAGUGUUGCUCUGUAGUAGCCUGUUGGAGGGGCCAAAGAUCAAGGCUUUUUCUCCGCAGGAGGCCAGAUACUUGCCUUUUCACGUGAUUCAUACGUUUUCCUUGCAAGUCAAGACUUUGGGUUGACAGCAGUUUAAUAUCCCUUUAGGAGGGGGGUCCUCAGCAUUGACGUUUACAAUAAUUAAAUGGUUGGCUCACCUAAAAUACACUUCUGGUAUUAUUAUCCCCUUACUUUGCAUGAUGUUUUGUGGGAUUUAACAUGGAUUCUUAUUAUAGAAACUAUUUUCAAUGCCCCUUUUCUAGUGCUAGACAACAUACCUUCAUUGUUUUGCGUUAGAAAAGUCCAGCAGUAAUGGUGCAGAAGAAUGUAGAAAUGAAGGACAACCGUUCCUCAUAUUUCCUUAUAGACAACACAAUUCUGUAAUGAUGUGCACUCUUAUUGUUAAAUGGGUUUAAAGUAGUCGUGAAAUGCCCACUAACGACUGUUUUUGUUAUGGCAUGAGUCCAUAGUGACAAAAAUGCUAGGUGUAGGUACUCAAAAUAGCAAAGCACCGUCAAAAAUACAUUCCCAGACAUUCCCGACUUUCUAUGUUUGUCUGUGUCUGAAAUAGUGGGCGUGCGACGGACUGAAAAUAACUCAAGCUCUCAAAUUUGACAGUCCUUAAAGAAAUCUACUUUUUGGGCAAGGAACACAAUUAUGUUACAUAUUAUUUGCCAACUUCAAUUUCAAUUAUUUACUUUAUGUUGGCCUCAUUUUAACUUAUACAGAAGGAAUACAUGAGCUGUUUUAUGUGCACUUUUAUCUGUAUUUUUGUAUUUUUGCGUAUAACUUGACAAAGUAUGGUAUUCCUAAGAGGCAUUAGUUUGAACUCACCAAAUACCUGGCAAUACUUGACAAAUCUAAUGACUUUACAUGUGAUCUACAUCUUAUUAUAAUGUUCAUAACUUAAUCUGUGUCUUCUCAUAUUGCUUUUGUCUUUGGCUUAUUUUUGGUUUGUUUUACAUUUAGUCUCUCAGCUCUUUCCUGGCUCUCCCUUUUCCUUUCUCUCUAUAAUCACGGAGGUCAGAGGUUAAAAUCCUUGGUCUUAAAUCGAAUCUGUUCAAAGGCUUGCUGAAGUCAAACAUGCCACUCUCUCUGCUGUAAUGGAGCUAUUUAAUGUCUCAUGACGGAUCAUUAAAAGGCUUUUCAAACGCUAAAAAAUCCUGGUGGAUCACUUUUUUUUUAUCCUCCUCACUUUUUAAACAUGAUUUCAAACACAUUUAAGUGCGUAUGUGCUUAGCCUAUCAGGACACUUAUCUCCUGUGUUUGAUCUGUGCUCUUUUUUUUUUCUGGCGCAGUUUGUUUUUGUGAUGUCAAAAGUUGCGUCAUGUCCAAGUUGUGUGAGCAAACUGUGCACGACCGCUAAUACCUCCCCGUAAAAAAACACCUACAGCUGUCAUGUUGCGAAGGAAUGAGUGAUUAGAAGUGUAAAAUGUGUGUUAGUUUUGUAAGUUAGCGUAGAUUCAGGGUCACAGGAAAGCACUUUAACGCAAACAGCUGUCACUAUAGUUUCUCACAACUUAAUGUUACUUGUUUUUAAACGUGUGAACGCUAGGGUUCCUUUAUGUUAAUGUUGCAUUUGAGAUGUUUGAAGACGUCAGCGAUGACUGUGAACGCUGUGUGCAUCAGCCAAACUAUUUAAAUAUGUAUUUAAAUUAUCUUUGUAUGUUAAUAUCUGUAUGUCACCAAAGACUAUUUAUCUCACCUUUUCCACAGUUCCUUCAACGUGACCUUGUGGUAGGAAACAAAGUCUAAACUGUAGUGAAAAUGUUACUGUUUGUCAAUGUUCUUCACUCUGUAAAAAAAAUAAAGAAUUAUACUGUAAUGUGA